AUGUCGGCGCCAUUCGCCUCACUUCCCGCAAAUGCUUCUUCUACCAUUCAACCAUUCACCAUCUCCAUACCAGAAUCCGAUCUCAAAGCAAUGCUUGACUUAAUCUCUCUGUCCAAAAUCGGGUCGUCUACUUGGGAGAACUCACAAUCAUCAUUUGGGACAACCCACAGGUGGCUAACAGACGCCAAAACUGCAUGGCUUAAUCCAUCCACCUUCUCGUGGCGUAAGGAUGAAGAACGCAUCAAUUCUUUCCCAAACUUCACCUUGAAUAUCCCACUUUCGGAGUUGAGCUCAAAGUGGAAAUACAGCGGCACUACUUAUGACGUACAUUUUGUAGCCCUCUUCUCCCAGCAUAAAGAUGCAACUCCUGUUGUCCUUCUUCAUGGCUUCCCGGGCAGUUUUCUGGAGUACCUCCCUAUUCUGGAUCUUCUGAGGGACAGAUUUACGCCCGAAACUCUCCCGUACCAUAUCGUUGUUCCUUCAUUGCCAGGAUACGGCUUCUCUAAGUUUUCGCCUGAGCAUGGUGAGGAAGAUUCGCAUACAGAAUUCACUCUCAACGACGGAGCGAAGAUAAUAAAUGAACUCAUGGUCCUCCUUGGCUUCGGCCAUGGAUAUAUUGCCCAUGGCGGUGAUGUAGGGACGCUCUUAGCCAGAUUACUAGCUCAGGACUUCCACGGCUGCAAAGCCUUUCAUUUGAACGGGCUGUUUGCUACAAAAGAGUCUGUGCCGCCCCAUAUGGACGAUUAUACUGAAGAGGAUAGGCGACGACUAGCGGAGGCGCAGGGCUUCUUCGCAACAGGCUUCGGGUAUUCUCUUAUGCAUCAAACGAAGCCCGGGACCAUCGGCCUCGCUAUCGCGUCUAAUCCUUUAAGCCUGCUAGCUUGGAUAGGCGAAAAACUUCGCGACUGGACUGAUGUUCCGCUUCCCCUCUCAACGAUUCUCACAAACGUUACGCUCUAUUGGCUUACAGACACCUACCCAAGAUGCAUCUAUUCCAAUCGCUUUCCUCCAAGUGUGCCCUUACCACAGACCAAGCCCUUCGGCGUAUCCAACUUCCCCCUUGAGCUCGUUCCAGCACCAAAAGCGUGGGUCGAGAAAACAUUUCCCAGCUUGGUCUUCUACAAAGACUAUGAGAGGGGCGGACACUUCCCGGCGUGGGAGGAACCAAAGGCCAUGCUAGGCGGGCUUGAAGAGUUCAUAGCAAAAGUCAAGCCGGCAUUGUGUAACGAGCCCGUCGAAAACGAGUCAUGA